AUAUGUUGAGGCGAGUAGUGCGACAGAGCAAGUUCCGCCAUGUCUUUGGUCAGGCUGUGAGGAAUGACCAGUGCUAUGACGACAUCCGUGUCUCCAAAGUCACAUGGGAUAGCUCCUUUUGUGCAGUCAACCCCAAGUUUGUAGCCAUCAUCAUAGAGGCUUUUGGGGGUGGAGCUUUCCUUGUCCUACCAUUACAAAAGACUGGGCGUAUAGACAUGGGCUACCCUACAGUGUGUGGACAUCAAGGCCCCGUGUUGGACAUUGACUGGUGUCCUCAUAAUGACCUUGUCAUUGCUAGCGGCUCAGAGGAUUACACCGUCAUGGUUUGGCAAAUCCCUGAGAAUGGGCUUGUUAAUCCCCUUUCAAAGCCCAUUGUUGUGUUGGAAGGGCACUCGAAGCGGGUUGGCAUUGUGACUUGGCACCCAACAGCGCACAAUGUACUCCUCAGUGCAGGUUGUGACAACCAGAUCAUCAUCUGGAAUGUGGGCACAGGAGAGAUGAUGAUCAACCUGGAGGAUAUGCACCCUGAUCUUAUCUUUAGUGUUAGUUGGAGCCACAAUGGCAGCCUCAUCUGCACUACCUGCAAGGAUAAGAAGCUCCGCGUUAUUGACCCUCGCAAGCAAAGACUUGUGGCAGAGAACGAUAAAGCCCACGAGGGUGCCAGGCCAAUGAAAGCAAUUUUUCUAGCAGACGGAAAAAUCUUCACCACUGGCUUCAGUUAUCUGAGUGAGCGCCAACUAGCCUUGUGGAAACCGGAAAACAUGGACGAGCCAUUAUCGAUUCAAGAGAUGGACACUAGUAAUGGAGUUCUGCUGCCCUUCUAUGACCCAGACACCAGUGUAGUGUAUCUCUGUGGAAAGGGUGACAGUAGCAUCAAGUACUUUGAGAUCACAGAUGAAGCACCAUACGUCCACUACCUUAGCACCUUUUCCACCAAGAAGUCCCAGAGGGGCAUGGGAUUCAUGCCCAAGAGAGGCCUGACUGUCAACAAAUGUGAAAUUGCAAGGUUUUAUAAACUGCAUGAGAGAAAAUGUGAACCAAUCAUCAUGACAGUCCCCCGUAAGUCGGACCUAUUCCAGGAUGACUUGUAUCCAGACACAGCUGGACCAGAUCCUUCCCUGGAGGCGGAGGACUGGUUUGCUGGGCAGAAUGGAGACCCCAUCCUUAUCUCAAUGAAAGGGGGUUAUGUCCCUGGGAAGAGCCGUGAACUUAAGGUGGUUAGAACUUAUUCCCUGGAGACUAAGUCAGCCUCUAAAGCUGAAUACACGUCGGGUGUCCCAAAGACAGUGUCUCCACAGGUGAGUAUUAUAAUUUACACUGUUAAAAUGGAAGCCAAACUGGAGGAGGUAGUGAGAGAGUUGAAGUCACUCAGGGACCGUGUCAUCCGUCAACACCAUCGAAUUGCCAACUUGGAAGAGCAAGUUGCCAAGGUUGUCAUGUAAAACACUAUCUGGUCUGAGAACCAUUCAUUACUGCACAGUUCGAUAAAGAACCCAUUUAUGGAUCAGAAUUUUGGAUUUUUUGCCAAAGUUCCUGAGGAUUUGCUUAUCAUGUGAUCACCUCCCUCCAAAGGUUUGCCCAUUCUUUCUGCAUCAUUUUGCUGUGUGAGGUUAUUGUUAUUGCUGCAAACUUAUAAUGUUCAAGAUUGCCCCUGUUGG